GAGAUGAAUUUUUAAUCUGAUGUAUCGUCUCUCCAAACUGGUUUUCAGUACCUCUCAAGACACGAAUAAUAAUGUUUAGUUAAAAUUCGAGACAUUCUUCCGUGUACCACUGGCUUAUAUUUUUUGUGCAUCGAAUUAAAAUGACUUCGACUGUGGAUUUAGUUGACGAUACGGUGCCAGAAAAAAGUGACAAAGAUGAAAAAACUUUUAUGAAAAUGGAUCUAAAAGAAAAAAUUGCUUAUAUUAAAGAUGUAAUAACAGUGGAGCCGCUUAUAGGGGCGUACGUAAUGGCUUCUGCUUUAUGUACGCCUACUCUAUAUAAUUUGGAAUACGAAAAGUCUUGUAGAGUGAAUCUUGAAAUGAAUGACACUGUUUGCGAGGCUGUAUUAAGUGACCCCUCAAAUUUUACGGAGCAAUUUAACCAAGUUCAAUUUACGAUAAACGACAUGCAUUCUUGGCAACAACCUAUGCAAAGCAUUAUGCCUUUGAUCAUGAUACUAUAUUUGGGCUCUUUUAGUGACAGACACAAAUGGAGGAAACCGUUUUUAAUCUUACCUCUUUUCGGGGAGCUGUUUGCAGUAGUUGGCUGUAUACUCUCUGUUGUUUUUAUGAGAUCUUGGUCAUUGGAAGUUCUAGGCAUCUUUCAACUAGUCAUACCAUCGUUCUUCGGAGGGCAACCGAUGUUAACCAUGGCGGUAUUCGCGUAUAUAGCAGACGUCAGUACUUUGGAGAUGAGAACUUUGAGAAUAGGCAUAGUUCAGAUAGUACUUAAUAUAAUAGUUCCCAUCACUCAGUUUAUAAGUGCACAGACAUUCGAGUUGGUAGGAUACUACGGAGUGUUUUUAAUAGCAGGAGCUUUGUACGUUUUUGGUGUUAUUUACGGAUUAUACAGGAUAAAAGAACCUUCGCAACCAGACAGGAAAUUCGAAGGAGGAUUUGUGCGUGAUGUUUUUAAUCCCAGGCAUGCGAUUGAUACAAUUACUUUGGUAUUUAAAGAAUCCCCUGGAAAUAACAGAUUGUACAUUAUUUUAAUGUUGUUUAUAGUCUUCUUCCAUAACGUUGUGGUCGUUGGAGAAGGUGGUAUAUUCUUUUUGUAUUCAAGCAGCGUACUGAAAUGGACAAUUACGGAGUUUAGUUACUUUCUUACUUUUAACACAUUGAUACAUUUGGCUGGUACCGCUAUUGGUGUUCCAUUCUUUACAAAAGUACUGCAUUUAAGUGACAUGAUAAUCCUUCUAUUAACGUUUUUGAAUAAAAUUCUUUCCAAUGUGAUAUUUGGAUUUGCCAAUUCAUCUGCGCUUUUAUAUGCAGCUGCUGCAGUUAGCCUAAUAACCGGAAUAACACCAAUAGCAAUUAGAUCUCUAGAAACAAAAGUUGUAUCGGAAAAUGAUUUGGGAAAGGCCCAAUCUUUAUUCGGCAUAUGUGAAGCUAUCGCCCCCGCUGUCGCUACUCCUAUUUAUGAUAAAGGAAUUUACAAUAAUACGUUGACGACCUUUCCUGCAGCGUUCUUUUUAUUUGGAAUCCUGUUGUAUGCUUUAUCAAGUAUAAUUAUUACGAAGAUGUAUUUUGAGGUAAAACAAAAACAAGUCAAAUCUACCAACUCUACUAAUAAUGGAGUAGAAAUGAAUGGAAAAGAUAAUCUAGCAAUGGAAAAUGGUGAAGAAUCAACUCAUAUUUAGACUAAAUUUCUUCUAGAAAAAUUGAUGAAUUUCAACUACAAAUAACUCCAAUUAAUUGGUAUUAACUUUUAUGGAAGCUACGAUAGAAUAUGUAAAUAACUAAAAUUAAUAAAGAAUAUUUUUUCA